CGACGUCGAUCAUGGGCGCGCUGAUAUCGAGCCAAGCCGGCGCGAAGCCCGCGCUCGACACGCUUCUCGCCACCAGCCUCCUGACGCCCGACCACCGCGAGCGCCUCCGCCCCUACUUCCGCGAGAUCGUCUACCUGCCCGGCAUCGGCAAGGAGCUCCCGGACGACGUCCUGCGGCGCGUCGACGUCGUCUAUGGACUCCUCCCGCCCAGCGUCGACAGGCCCGAGCUCGUGCCCCGGCUGAAGCUCGUGCAGCUCACGAGCGCUGGCGCCGAUCGCGCGCUGGAGAACCCGUUGUGGAAGAGCAUCGGGAAGGAGGGCGGGGAGGUCGUGUUGACGACUGCUGCCGGCGUGCAUGUCGGGCCCAUACCGCAAUGGUUCAUCGCCACGACGCUCUCUCUUUACCACAAGCUGCACGAGCAGAUCCUGAUCACCCAUGUCGAAAAGCGAUGGCCCUCGGGUGACGAGUUUGGCGGACCCAUGUUCGUCCAGGAGCUUCGCGGCAAGACGGUCGGCGUCCUCGGAUACGGUCAUAUCGGUCGCGAGGCCGCGCGUCUUGCGAAAGCUUUCGGCGCGGACGUGCUCGCUGCGAACAGCGACGGCAAGCGGAAACGUCAGGAGGGUUACAUCGUCCCCGGCACGGGCGACGUCGACGGCAGCAUACCGAGCGCGUACUACUCGACGACCUCCGCCUCGUCCUUCGCCUCGUUCCUCGCCAAAUCGGACGUCGUGUUCUUGUCCCUGCCGUCCACGCCGUCGACGAGGUAUAUCAUGAACGAGAAGACGAUCGCGAAGAUGAAGCCCUCAGCGAUCCUGGUCAACAUCGGACGCGGCGAUUUGGUCGACACGUCCGCGUUGGUGCGAGCACUCGACACGGGUAUCAUCGCCGGUGCCGCCUUGGACGUGACCGAUCCCGAACCUCUGCCGCCUAAUCACACUUUGUAUGGGCGCAAGAACGUGAUCAUCACUCCCCACCUCUCGGGACGGACAGUCAAGUAUUUUGACCUCGCGGUCGACAUCUUGGUCGAGAACCUAGAUCGUAUCAAGGCCGGAAAGGAACUGGUGAACCGCGUCGAUCUUAAGCGCGGAUAUUGAUUUCAUCUCUUGUUGUUGUUGUUUUUUAUAUCAAAAUAUGACCGGAAUCGUUUUGCUGAAGCGGAGGGUCGUAGAUCUGAAGUUUACGUGAUCAAUCCAACAGAUGUAACUGCUCCUUGCAACACCCUUCCUGAGCUCGUCACGACAGUCAAUAUUCUUGCCGUUUUGUGCCCAUGCCAUCAGCGAAAUAUGCGGAUGGGUACGGGAUACGGGUACAUAGGAAUUAGUUUACAAGAUCAGGAAAUGUGCAAGAGGCGUUGAGC